GCACAGGUGGUCACGCUGACCACUACUACAACAACCACCACAACAACAACGUCACCCCAAACGCCAUCCCCAACGCCACCCCCAGCCUUACCAACACUACCGCCGAUACUCUCAUUGACAACCCCCAGACCUCCACUCCCGCCCCACACACAGUCGUUAAUUACAACGCCGCCACUCAUGACCAGUAUUAAUAGCGAGAUACUAACGGACACAACGAGCGCUAAACCAAUCCACAAAUGCCUUAAUAUAGCUUUGAUGGCGAAAGUAAUGUUUAGAUACAAUACAACCGAUAGUAUUGUACAACAGGUAGAGUACAGUAGUAAACAACUGUACCAACCGAGCAAAUGUAACCAAGCGCAAUCUAUUAUUAUUUAUUACGAUAUGAUCGAUCAUACAUUCGUAAGAAUCAACUUAAACAUCAAUGAGAGUGACAUAGAGAUGAAGUCAAUCCACUUUGAGUACCCAUUUGUACGACUCGUCGACUAUUAUAAGAGCGAAAGUGAAGAACAAAUGAAGAUCUGUUCUCCAACACAGACCACCGCCGAUACGGCAGAUGUGUAUAAGUAUAGCAACGAUAAGUGUCUGACAGCCGAUACCAAUCAAUUGACAAACUAUUCUCUAAAAUACACAUUAAAUGAACAAAUAUUUUGCAAAUCACUGCCAAUAAUAACACUGCAAACACAUAACACAUAUGAAGUGAUAGAGAUUUCAAUUACUGAUCUCAACGUUGUUUACACUGAUAUUGGAACACCAAUCUCACCCAACACGGGUCAGUGUCCACUCAUUGGAGACAUUGAUGGCAACCCUAAUUCAGAGCCACCUAUAAGUCUGGCCACAAGUACACAGGUGUGGAUCGGCGUGGGCUAUGCCAUUGUGGGCGCGAUUGUCAUAUUUGCCCGGCUCACCGCUCGGGGCAAUCACAGCGUGUGUGAACGCACUGCCCUUAGCACCCGAGCGAACGCUAGCAAUAAUUUCGUUCUAUGCACCGGCAACUUUUUUAAGCUACGUUACGACACCCUUUGUAUAAGCAUCGGGUUAACAGGCAGUGGCCAACUAACAGCCGGGUCACUGCCACCAUUACCAUCAGUUGGCGGCACAAUACUGCCGACCCCGUGGCAGCCCUGGUUUGUCAGAGAGCAAGGUAAAGACGUGGUGUGUAUUUUGGCCAAAUUCGGGGCCGAGUUCUUUAUCGAGGACGCCAUUACCCGAACUCAAUCUACAUAUACAGUAAAUCCAUUGACAGCCAAAGUUGGUUCAACCGAUAGCCGGUGUGGUUCGGACUCUCAAGUGUUGCAUUUGGUGUUUGAUUCAAAGGGCUUAUGGCUUACAUUUAAUAAAGACAACGACAAGAUUUACGUCAAUAAUAUAACAUUUAAAUACGACAAGGAAAUGGUGACCAACACGACCCGUAUGUUUGAGUCGCCCAAGAAGUUUGGAUAUAAAUGUUUCAAUGAGCAAAAGGGGUUAGUGUUGAGCGAGAGAGUGACUAUGAAUAUCAUGAAUGUAAGAUUGGAGGCCUUCCGCAAUUACUCCGGCAAUUACUUUGUGAACGACUCGGAGACCGAACCCGAGUGGGAACGGGUGGGUCUUAAGUGCGGUCUCGAUCGGGAUGUGUCCGACGCCUAUAUGAUAACAGGCAUAUCUGUUGGUUGCGGUAUAUUUGUGUUGGUGUCCAUUACAUUAGUAGCCAUUUGGUCGGGAAGACAUCAGGAAAGGAUUAUGUAUAAGAUUAAAAUGAUGAAAAAGUUGUCCCUCGAUGGCAGUCGUAAUAACAGUUGUUACCCCGGUGCCCUCAUCCUGAUCACGUUGUUUAAGUCAUAG